GUGCCCAACAGCCCCUCGCCGGACUCUCUCCCACAGAGAGGAACUCGGCCCCAAGCCCCGGAGACCCGCGCAGGCCGCCUCCGGAGGAGCCCCCGCAGACGCCAUACUAAAAGCCAAAAUGGCUGCCCGAAGGAAGCCCGCACCGCGCAGCUAGUGAGAGCUGGGUAACAAGCUUCUGCGGGAAGGGGGGAGGGGGGCUAGAGGAAGAGCCGUCGCCAGGACCAUCGCCCCCUCGAGCCGCACAGCAACCAACAUACAACCAGCUCAUUCAAUCUUGUUCAUUUGCGAGGGGCCUCAGAGCACGUAAAAAGUUCAAAAAUUCUGUACUGCCUCAAGACCCAUAUACAUCAAGAAAAAUUUGUGAGAGGGUGUGACUGAUCUCCCUUACGUUGGCAUCAAAAGAAGAGGAGCAUACCCACUAAUAUUUCCUGCUGGUUCUGGUUACAGCUACCCCUCGCCAUAACUUUUGAAAUAUAUUUGGAAAAAUACUGGCCAGAAAAAAAAAUGAUAAAAUUUUUCCUCAUGGUGAAUAAACAAGGGCAGACCCGACUUUCUAAGUACUAUGAACAUGUGGAGAUUAAUAAGCGUACGCUUCUGGAAACAGAAGUCAUAAAGAGCUGUCUCUCUCGAUCCAAUGAACAAUGCUCUUUCAUUGAAUAUAAGGAUUUUAAGCUGAUAUAUCGGCAGUAUGCAGCUCUCUUCAUUGUGGUCGGAGUUAAUGACACUGAGAAUGAGAUGGCAAUUUAUGAAUUCAUCCAUAACUUCGUUGAAGUUUUAGACGACUACUUCAGCCGAGUGAGUGAAUUAGAUAUAAUGUUUAAUUUGGAUAAAGUACACAUCAUUUUGGAUGAGAUGGUGUUAAAUGGCUGCAUUGUGGAAACGAAUCGGGCAAGAAUUCUUGCCCCUCUACUAAUUCUUGAUAAGAUGUCAGACAGCUGAAAACAGAAAGGCUCUGCCAGACAACAUCGACUUACAGGAAAUGAGGACACCAUGGAAUACCUCUCAACAUCACUAGCCCAAAAGAUUCUGGAAGACCAAACACUGCAAAAUGGGCUGUCCUUCCAAAGACAUUUAAAAUAGGUGUUUUCCACAGUUCCUAAACGGAAAACAAAACUAUUUUAAAACAUGAUGCACAAAGAAAAUUUUUCUCUAAACGGAGAGACAAGUUUUAUUUUCUGAACAUAAACAUUUUUUUCUCACUUGUUUAGAUUUUGUGGAGUACUGAGGGAAACUCUUUUGGUCUCUGCUUCCCUUUGCAAAGGGAUAAAUUCAGGAACAGCAUCAUGGGGUGGGAAGAAAAUGUGGCACCUCUCUGUUGGCCAAUAAACUUUUAAAAUUGACUUGAA